AUGUAAAAAGUAGCAAAAGUUGACAUGAGAAGGUGUGUCCAAACCUUGACUGGCAGUGCAAAAGGGAAUUUGUGCUUAAAUUGAAAUUACAUUUUUUUUCUUAAAGAAAUGGUUUAGUUCAUGUAAUUAUUCUAUCACGUGUCAUUUUCAUUGCAAAUAUUAAUCACUGUUGAAUUAAAUGCAGUUCCAGCUGUAGAGGAGGUCCGCACUCCCGUGUGAACGAAGUACCGACUGGAACGGACAAGCACGCGAGUACGAACAUGCGUACUUGAGUAUUAAUGCACGGCUCUCAUCAAUGAAGUCUAACUUUUCCGAGCACUCUUGAACGCAGCAGAGGGAUAACGCGUCAGACCGGCUCGCAGCGCACGCUCGUCGGAGAUAGUCUAUUGAAGCAACACGAGCCACUACGUCACAGCGUCACGGACACUGUCCCACUCAAACGGAGACCCACAUAGACUGCGCGUGCGCCGGUGUCCCGGUAUAGGCUCGGAGUGAGGCCUCUGUCGGCUGCUCUCCGAGCUUCGUACGUUCAGCGGGCCUCUGCUCUCAUGUCUCCCCGGCUGUUGAGGCUGGUUUCCGGCUCGGACUCUGCGGUUCUCUGACUCCCUGUUCGCGGUGUAUUGGUUCUCGGAUGGCGGCGAUGCUCUGGCUGGGAGCGGCGGCGACCGUCUUCUGCCUGGUGCCCGGCUCCCUGGGAGGCGCAGGCCGGCUCUACACUGAGGAGGACCCGCUGGUGAUCCUGAGCAGCGACAGCCUGAAGUCCGCCGUCACUAACUCGUCCUCGGCCUGGCUCAUCCAGUUCUUCUCGUCCUGGUGUGGACACUGCAUCCAGUACUCCAGCACAUGGAAGGCUCUGGCCCAGGACGUGAAAG